AUGAAUUUUUUGGUGAUAUUUGCUACAACAGGUAUGAACAAACGUGAGCUGAUAGAUGUUGUCAAUGAUUUACAAAAUAAAGUAGCUGCCAGUGGUCAUACCUUGGAAAUAUCUCUUCCACAAAUUGUUGUAGUUGGCACUCAGAGUGCUGGGAAAAGCAGUGUGUUAGAAAGUUUUGUUGGCCGAGAAUUCCUUCCACGUGGGCACAACUUAGUGACAAGAAGGCCAACAGUAGUACAACUUAUUCCUUCCUCUGGAGAAGAAUAUGCAGAAUUUUUACAUAGAGGAAAUGAAAAGUUUACAAACUUUGCUAAAGUUAAAGAGGAGAUAUCAAAUGAAACAAAUCGAAAACCUGGACCUGAUGGAUUUUCACCUGAUCCAAUUUCUCUCAAAAUUUAUUCCCCUAAAGUUUUAAAAUUGACAGUGGUGGACCUACCUGGUCUUGUUUUAAAUGCUGUUGGUGGUCAGCCAGAAGACAGUGAACGCAUUGUUCGAGAAAUGGUACUGAACUACAUUCAGCAACCCAGUAGUAUUAUUUUAGCAGUAUCACCAGCUAAUCAAGAUAUUGCUAAUUCUGGUGCACUUAACAUUGCCAAGAUCGCUGACCCUGCCAGAGAAAGGACAAUUGGUGUGUUAACGAAAUUGGAUUUGAUGGAUGAAGGAACUGAUGCCAGAGAUGUACUUGACAAUAAAAAAAUUCCGCUAAAAAGAGGGUAUGUUGGUGUGCUAAAUAGAAGCCAAAAGGAAAUUGAUGAGGGCAAAGAUAUGGAGUAUAUUUUUAGAAAAGAGAAAGAAUUUUUUACUUCAAAGGAGUGUUAUAAGCACAUUGCUCAUCAAAUGGGGACCAAGUAUCUUCAAAAGUUACUUCAAAAGACACUAAAAGCUCACAUCAAAAAAUGCUUGCCUCAAGUUCGUAAUGAAAUAUCUCAAAAGCUGAUUUCAUAUAGAAAGGAACUGCGAGAGUUUGAGAAUAUAAUGGGAAAUAGUCCAAAUGGAAAGCAGUUUUAUUUAAUAAAAUUAAUUCAAAAAUUUAUUGAUGACAUUAAUGUUAAAAUGAUGGGUCAUUCCGAAAAUGUUGACAUGAAAGUGCUUACUGUUGGAGCUCACAUUCAUCAUAAACUCUUCACAGAAGUUCAGCAAAAUCUGGACUUGACAUUGAUGCCAAAUGACGAGGAAUUAGCAAUUCUUAUUACCAAUAUAUAUGGCCUCAGACAUGCCAUCUCAGUGCCAUCUCUUGCCCUUGAUGCCAUGGGUGGAAAACUGCUCGAGACUUAUAAAGAGCCUCUGGAAAGAUCUAUUACAUGUGUGAAAGAUGUUCUUAUCACUGCCAUUAUUGAAACAGCAAAAUUGAUUGACCCUUAUCCGACAUUGAAACAUGAGCUCUUGUACAAGAUAUGCUCUUACAUCGAACAAGAAGCAGAGAAUACACAAAAUAGGCUGAAGGAGCACAUUGAUGCUGAAAUGUUCUAUGUAAACAUUGCUCAUCCUGAUUUUGAUAGUUCAGAAUGUGAUUCUGUGGCUCCUGCAGCUGGUCCUGUGAAAAUUUGGGAUGCAAAAGAAGAUGCAGAAGAUGUAUCUAACACUUCAGAUCAAGUAUUGCAGUACAAAUUGAAGCAAAGCGAUCAACUUCAGAGGAAUGUGAAGUAUGUGACAGCAUUGCUUUUGAAGUAUCUUGAAAUUGUUCACAAGCAAGUAGUUGAUAUUACAAUUAAAUAUACAGUAUACUUUCUCGUAAAAAAAGUGAUGGACUUCAUCAAAAACGAUCUUAUUCCAACCCUUAUUGAAUCUGCUAAUAUUGCUUCCUUAACUGAAGACUGUGAUGCAGAUUUCGAAAGAAAAGAGCACGUGGAGUCAACUUCUGCAUUCUUGAUGGAUGCUCUUGAAGCCAUUCAAGCAUUCUAAUAAGAAGAAAAAGAAAAAUAUGUACAAAGAGCUAUUUAUGUUGAAACAUGUAACUUUAAAAAUAAGUAUCAUGUUCUAGUUGAUCUGCAAAAAAAAAAGCUUAAAUAUAAUUGGGAAUUUUAUUUACAAUUUGUUUCUGUUAUAUUAUAAAAUGGUGCUAAUUUUGUUGCAUUUAAGUAUGUAACUUGGAAUUAACCAUAGUUCCAGUUGAUCUGAAAAAAAAAGAGCUUGAAUAUAAUUUGUUAAAAUAUUUUCAAUUAUUUUUUGUUGUAUACUAAGGUAUAGUUUUUUUGUUCAAACAUGUAACUUUAAAAGUAAAUAUGUUCCCAUUGAUAUGAAGAAAAGAGCUUUAAUGCAAUUUAAAAUAAUAUUUACAAUUGUUUUUUGUUGUAAA